GUGUUCUGUGCAAUUCACUCGGGGAAAAAAUCUCGUUGCCCUUCCUUUUUUUUAGAACAUCUCGUUGCCCUUCCUGCGAAGCCUUUCCUUUCCUCUCACUGACCCUCGCCUUCGCCCCAAAACCCUUGUUCCCCUUUCCUUCUCCAGCGGCGGCGGCGGAGGCGGAGGAUCGAAGAUGAUCAUCCCGGUUCGCUGCUUCACCUGCGGCAAGGUGAUCGGGAACAAGUGGGACCACUACCUCGAUCUUCUCCAGGCCGACUACACUGAGGGGGAUGCUCUGGAUGCCUUGGGCUUGGUUCGCUACUGCUGCCGCCGUAUGCUCAUGACCCAUGUUGACCUCAUUGAGAAGUUGCUCAACUACAACACCCUGGAGAAGACGGAGACAAGUUGAAGUUAAUUGAACCCAUUCUGCCUCGAAACCUUUGUUCCUUUGUACUUUCCAAGAUGCUGUUUCUUACGUCAGUGCUUAGGAGGUGAAAGGACUGUUAGUGUGACCAUGCGUUUCUACUAUGUAAUCUUCAGGGCUAUAUUAACCAACAAGUCUAUGCAUUCUCCAGUUUCAAACUUAUUAUGCUCCAAGCGUUGAACAUGUUA